UCAUUCCACUUGCACUUACACAUCAGUUCUGCUUUACUUAUUGGCGUGCGAAAGACGGUCGGAUAUUGUGAAUCUUCACGAGAACCAUCCGACGGAAGCAUCUCGGAUUGCCUUCGAUCCGAGUGGAUGCUAACUCGGUUUGGAUAUGUUCAACGAUUCGAUUUCGAGGUGGUGGAAUUGAUUUGCUGAUUGUUUCGCGACCAUAUCUGGUAGCCUGUAGGUUACCUUUCUUCCUCGUUAUCUGACCAACACUAUUCUGGAAGCACUAGCACAUAGUGGCACUCUUUUUUGCCCUUUAGUUCUUCCGUUUUUAUUUUCUUUUUUUGUGUUGGAAUUUCAUUUCUGCCAAAAUUGACGAGGAAAAGCUGGAUUAUUCAAUCGUCUUCGAAGCGAUGGCUGACAGACUAACCCAGCUUCAGGACACGGUGAAUCAGCAAGCGGAACACUUCUGCAACAGCAUCGGUAUCCUGCAACAGUGUUCAGUACCGAGCAAAUUUUCUGGUUUCGAACGAACUGGUUCACAAACCCCCCAACAAAACCAACAAGAAGAUUACGCCCAACUGUUUUCUACGUUGAUCUCACGGUGUGCCAAGGAUAUCGAUACGCUAAUAGAAUCUCUGCCAAGUGAGGAAAGUUCAAUCGAGCAACAAGUACAAGCACUGAAACGACUUGAAACAGAAAAUCAGGAAUCUGCCGAGAAGCUCGAGGAGGUUGUGCGGAAGGGAGAAAUGUUGCUGGAGAAGAUUCAGGCCGCGCUCAGUGAUAUUGCACAGUCGCAACUCGAUAUGCAGUAUUCUUCAUCCCCGAAGAAACAAUGAUCCUACGGGACCCGAGGCGGUCCUUUUUCGUCUACUGACACAAUGAGUGUAACGAGUGACGAUGUGCCUCACAUGAAUAACAGCCAGAUGGGUUAGUGUUUCUCAGUUUUCUUGUAUCAUUGCGUUCUGUCGUAUCAAUUAAACUAGUGAUAAAAUAUACUUAAGAAAUAAGAGCAUUGUAACAGUAAGCUAAACAAAAGAACUACGUCAAUCGAG